AUGACAGUGAACGGGAACUCAUCUCGGCGCCAUCUGCGUGUGGCCAUCAUCGGAGGUGGCCCCGGUGGCCUCGCAACAGCCAUUGCCCUGUCUAAGAUUCCGGACGUUACUGUGAAUAUUUACGAACAGGCAACGGUACUGCGGGAAGCAGGUGCUGGCAUAAGUAUUGGCUCAAAUACAUGGAACGCAUUGGAGUUACUGGGCGUUGCGGAUACGCUGACCAGCGGACAUCCGACAUGGACGGUCCUUAACAUGAACGGGCGUUCUGGGGAAGAACUAACUCGCCGUGAGAAGGUACGGGAUGAGACUGGACGUCCUCCAAUUCGCACUCAGCGGACGAAGCUUCAGUCAGCCUUAUUAGCUCAUGUGAAGCCUGGCAUACUGCAACUAUCCAAGAGACUAGCACGUAUGGUUGACAAGGGCCACGAAGGUGUCGAGUUAUAUUUUGAAGAUGGGACUAUCACGACAGCUGACCUAGUAGUUGGUGCUGAUGGUAUUAGAUCUGUCGUCCGAGAUACAGCAUGGACAGAUUACGAAAUCAAGUUUACCGGAACAACUAUAUGGAGAACUCUUCUACCUUGGGACGACGUAAAGGACCUAGAUCCUCGCUUCGAAAUUACCGGUUGGUGGCAUACACCGACUACGCACGUCUAUUUUUCUCCUGUCGGAGAAGGACUCUGGGAAAUAGCCUCUAGAGCAUGGCAAGAUCCGAAAAUCCAUAGCGCGAAUAAGAAAAGCUGGGGUGUUCCUGUAGAAAAUUCUCAUGUCGAAUCACACUUCACGGAAUAUCUUCCCCAAAUCAGGGAAGCGCUCGCAAGAGUGCCUCCUGGCGGUUGGCGCGAGUUCGCUGCGUUUGCUGGACCCGAACUGGCGAAACUCACUGCGUGGGAUAAUAAGAUCGUGCUCGUCGGGGAUUCAUCUCAUGCCUUAUCCGGGGCAUUUGGAUCAGGGGCCGGAUUUGCAAUUGAGGACGGCUACAUUUUAGCGCGGGCCCUUGAAUAUUGGAAGAAUGACACCAGCAAGGCUCUUCCCCUAUUUGAUGCUAUUCGAUUACCUUAUUAUUCGCGGAUGUAUGCGCAUCUUGCUUCCGAGGCCGAUAAACGCGCCGCAAAGCUGAAGGCUCUUGGGAAUCCAACAUUCGACGAACAAGUUAAAAAUAAGAUUAUUACAGAUGGUGGAAAGGACAUGUCCUGGAUUUAUCAGAAUGACAUCGGUGCUGUUUGGAAGGAGUCCGUUCAACAGCUUGAAGGAACUUACACUUGA